AAGGCGGCGCUCUUCGACGUCGACGGCACGCUGGUCGACUCCAUGCCGCGCUUCUACCCGAGCUGGAACGAGGCCGGCAAGCUCCACGGCGGCCUGUCCAUGUCGCUCGACGAGUUCUACGCCUACGGCGGCUGGCCGCUGCCCGAGAUCACGCGCGACCUGCACCGCAAGUGCGUCGGCGCGGAGGCGAGCGACGAGUUCGUGGCGGCGUACCUCGCGACGCACAAGCGGCUCACGGGCGAGCACGAGGCCGUCGUCGGCCCGCCGCCGGUCAUCGCGUGCACGGCGGCCAUCGCCAGAGAGUGGCUGGCCAGGGGCGUGCCCGUGGUCGCGGCGACGUCGGGCCUGCGGUGCCACGUCGAGGCGCACCUCGCCGCCGCGGGCCUCGGCGAGGUCUUCCCGCCGGAGAAAAUCGUCACGGCCGCGGACCUGCCGCCGGGCCGGGGCAAGCCCAACCCCGACAUCUUCCAGCGCGCCGCGGCGCUCGUCGGCGCCGACGCGGCGGAGUGCGUCGCCUACGAGGACGCGGAGGCCGGCUUCGAGGCCGCGUACCGCGCGGGCUGCGAGGUCGUCGACGUC